UUAUUUUGAGGAAAAAAGCAGGUGGACCGGGGCGGUUCCAGAUAAAGGAUUCAGCGGUUUUCCUCUAUCUGUCUCUCUAUAUAAUCUCUCUCUAACCCUAUCCCUGACAGAUCCGUUCGUACUAUAGUUUCUUUUCAAAAGCAUCAACACAAGCCCGAGGACGACCGUUAUUGCGCCGUCCGGCAGGGAGGAGGCAGCGGCUGUGGUGGUGGAGGUGGUGGUGUUCCUGAUCAGUGGUGGUUGGUGUUGAUAGGGAUAGUUUUGAAUAUGAGCUUAGACAGCAGGAGCAGGAGCAGGAGCCCGCUGGAUCGCAAAGUCCGUACUGAACGUUAUUCCCAUCGUGUUGCACCUUACAAGAGGGAGUCACGUCAGGGUUUCAGCCAGAGCAAUCUUUGCAAGAACUGCAAACGGCCGGGUCAUUAUGCUAGAGAAUGCCCUAAUGUGGCAAUCUGUCACAAUUGUGGGCUUCCCGGGCACAUUGCGGCAGAAUGCACCACGAAAUCUCUUUGUUGGAACUGUCGAGAACCUGGUCACAUGGCUGGAAACUGUCCAAACGAGGGCAUUUGCCACACUUGUGGUAAGGCAGGACACCGUGCUAGAGAAUGCACGGCUCCUCCACUGUCACCUGGUGACCUGAGGUUGUGCAAUAACUGCUUCAAGCAAGGUCAUAUGGCAGCUGACUGUACAAAUGACAAGGCAUGCAAGAACUGUAGGAGGACAGGUCACCUGGCACGAGAUUGUCAAAAUGAUCCCGUCUGCAACUCGUGUAAUAUUUCGGGGCAUGUGAUUAGAGAUUGCCCGAAGACGAAUGUUGUAGAAGAGAGGGGUUUUGGGAUUCGCAGUGGUGGUGGUUAUCGAGAGAUUAUAUGUCGAAACUGCCAGCAGCCAGGUCAUAUGAGCCGGGAUUGUAUGCAGCCAGGCUAUAUGAGCCGGGAUUUUAUGGCCCCCUUGCUGAUCUGUCACAACUGUGGGGGAAGAGGACACCUGCAAUUUGAGUGCCCCUCAGGUAGGUUUAUGGAUCGCUUUCCCAGGAGGUACUGAAGGAUGGAUCUGUUGGUUUUUAUUAUAUAUUGAGUGAUUGGUAUUGUUAGCUUUCCAUGCAGUUCCUUGGAUGAAAGUUUACGUUUUUAGCUAGAACAAUUGAAGUUUGAGACUUUUUUGAGUGUUUAAUUGUUACUUUGAAACUUCUUUUAAGUUAUAUUAUUGUUGAAUUAAAUUAA